ACACUCUGAUAGAAUACUUUACUUAUAAUUAACAAACAAGAAAAUCUAAAGUCAUGUUCCCAUUCAAUCGUUUAUUCGAUGAUGGUAUGCAGCAUCAAACGCAAUUUACCGCAAGGUAUAAAUGUUACUCCGUUUCUAUGAUGCACGUGGAUCGAGGCGAUGUUGAAAAAGGAGGAAAAAUCAUCUUACCACAAUCCUCAUUGGAUCAGCUGACGAGAUUAAACAUUCAGUACCCUAUGCUGUUCAAAUUAACGAAUACUAAAGAUAAUGUGAAUCGACAAACUUAUUGUGGUGUUUUGGAAUUCAUUGCGGACGAGGGUCAGAUGCAUGUUCCUCACUGGAUGAUGAAAAACUUAUUUUUAGAGGAAGGAGACAUCUGUCUUGUAGAGAACGUUUCAUUACCCAUAGCCACAUUUGCAAAGUUUCAACCUCAAAGUCUCGAUUUUCUUGAUCUCACCAACCCAAAAGCUGCUUACCUUCAAUUGCAACAUAAUACGCAUUUUGCUUGUUUAACAACAGGAGAUGUUAUAGCAAUAUACUACAAUGAUAAAGUCUAUGAACUUUGCGUUUUAGAAACUAAGCCGGGUCCUGCAGUGUCAAUUAUAGAAUGCGAUAUGAAUGUUGAUUUUGCAUCUCCAGUGGGAUAUCAGGAGCAUAAUGUUAAAAGUCAAGCAAAUCAACAAGAAGUCACCGAUAAUGAAACAGAAAAUGAAUUAGUUGAUUCGGCAUUUUGCGCAUUUCAGGGGCAAGGUCAGAGAAUUGAUGGAAAAUCAAAAAAUACCCAAGCAGCACCUCAACGAACAACCAAUGGACGUCAAAGAGGAAUCCCUAACUACAAUCACGAUCCGUAUCAUUUGCAAUUUUACAGGGAAAAGAGAAGGAAUAAGGAUCCAAAUAAAGAACUCUCGGAGGAUAAUAAUUUUAAAGUUUUCCAAGGAGAAGGUCAAGCUCUCAGAUCUAAAUAG